AAUGACACAUAACCUCAAAAUAAGCAAAAUAAAAUGUGUUUACCUUGUUUUCGAUAAAGAUUAAAACAUAAUAUAAGUUUAAAUAAAACGAACAAGAAUAAACCGAAAUGAGUCAAAUUUUAAACAAAGUUCGGGACUUAGAUCCUCACGAUGCGGAUGCGGCCAAGGAAGCCUUAUCCUCGUUUUUGCCUAAUUUAGCAAAACACAAAGAAGGCGACUCUGUGCGAUGGCUACGAGCACUAGAAAGCGUUAUAACCCGGUUUCCAAAGCUCUGUGGUUCGCAACGGGCUAAUAUAGAAAAGUACAUAGUCAAUUUUUUGGACUCAAGCAAUUACAACACUGUAAUAGAAGCUGCUAAGUGUGCUCAUGUAUUACAGCAGGUGCGUCCAGGGCAGGAGAAAGCAGCCACGCCUAAAGUUUGCUGGCGGGACCUGAUGAGCAGCCUCUGCAAUGCUGUGCAUUCUCUCCUCUCAGAGGUGUUUCCUAACGCAGCUAACAUUUACAGAAACAAUGGAGAACAUGAGAACAAGAUAACAUCAGACUCAAUAUUGUUGUCCACUUUGAGCGAACUAUCUAUAGUGUCAGGGCAGGACCGCAUACUGAACAGGGAACACAUACUGUGCACACGCCUUAGGAACGUGUUUGUGUUCAUCCAAGCCAUGCUUGUUGAAAUAUACCCAGUGGGCAAGCCAGUGCGGCCACAGAUUGUUCUAGAUGCAAUCAUCAGGGCUCUCGGCGCGAGCGCGGACGCACAGAGCUCUCAGUUAGUAGCCACCGUUAAGAAACAGGCUCUCAGAACGCUGGACGCUCUCGUGGUUUGUUUGGGGUCAAAUCUGAUACCGUUCUCGCCUCUAGUCUUCAAAUGCGUGAUGCAGACGCUGCGGUGGAGCUCAGAAAAUCAAAAUGAACAAACCAGCGGUGUUCGCGUCACAGCGUACAACAGCCUAUCCACUUGGCUGAGCUGCCUGCGCUGUCACCGCGCGCCGGUGCGCGCCCGCGGCUGGCACGACCAGCUGGUCGCGCACAUAGCCGGUGACGUCACUCCGCAGGCGCACACUGUGCAACUCACAAUGAACAAUCCACCGCGCAACCUCUCUAAGAAGCAGAAGAAGAAACAAGCACGAGUCAUGUUGCAACAGGGCUCCAUCGCGAACUACGCUCCCGGUGCAAACAACAAUACUACGACGUGUGCGGAGUCUAACGAGCAAACGACUAUAGCGGCGUUGGAGUGUACGGAGACGUUCCUGACGGUCUGCGGGAUAUACCUCAAGCCGGCCACUCAUAAGGUGUUCCACGAGCUGCUAGUCCGCUCGUGCUUCCGCCUGGCCUCCCGCAGCAGCCCGCGCGGCCUCGCGCUGCUCCGGGCUCUGGAGGCCUCCAGGAAGAGCGCCCCGCCCGGCGUGCCGCCCCCGACACAGUACUGCCUGCAGCUGUACAGUACCUCCAUCAAUAGCCAGUGUACAGAGAUCUCCAAGUUCUGCACUCAAGCCCUCCUGGACAUAAGGCUGCAUCUCCACUGCUCGCCGCCGUCGCUCAGCUUCGCCGCCGACACGCAGACUGAACAGAAGGACGUAGAAGAGAAGAGAAGGAUCUCCAGAAGGAACAGGGAGGCGCUUGAGUCAUUGCUGGGAGCUGAUAAAGUACCACCAGAAACCUGCGACAUUGAAGACGCUCCGGAACCGGAAGAGCCCGCCAUCAAAAAGGCCCGCGUCGACGACGACAAGAUCAGCCUCAGCAGCUCCUCCGAGCACUCCGUACAAAUCUGCGACUCCGACUCCGAAGACGUCGAAGAAGUACCCAUGGAAACCCAUCAACCCGAAGAAAGUAUAGUUGUACAUGCUGAUAUACAUGAGAUAUCGACCAAAGAUUUUGACAAACCUGACAUGUCAACGGAAGAUGAAAAAGUUGAUACACCGGUUAGGAACAUUCAUGAAGCGACAACACAAAUGCCAAUAGACACAGUAGACGGAGACAGUCUGUCCGGGAAAUCAAAUGAAGUUGGCUACGAUUACCCUAAUACAGGAAAGUCGGUGGCGGUGCUUGAGAAUUUAGAAGAUGAGAAUUUGCCCGAUACUAAUGAUACAGACGACGUUCAUAUUACUUGUGGACAGGUUGCAGUUACGCCUGAAGAAGAUAAUAUUGAUAAAGAACCUAAGGUCAAUGGAGUCAAGUCGCCGGUAAAAUCGCCUGAGAAACAAGAAGUGGAAGGCAGUGUUACUGUUAAAAUGGCGGUGUCUAAUGAGGGGGUGUCUGUGGAUGAUAUGCUGGCGGACUUCGUUGACGAAGUCAAUGAUGAUAAUGUUACGCAAGCUUGAUUUAAUGUUAUUGUUAAGUAUAGAAUUUCGUUUAAAAAUUUACUAUGAAAUACUUAUUUACAUCUGCUAUGUGGACCCUAUUUUAAAA